AUGCCUAAGAAGGACAAAAAGCCAACUUUCACCAAUGUCACCACCAAGUCCGGUGAGACUUUGAAAGUGUUCGACGAUCUCGACACGUUCGAAACUUUCAUCAAGAAUGAAACAGAGGACGACGACUUCUCGGACUUGCAUUGCCAAGUCAACUACUUGCCGCCUUUUGUCUUGCACCAGGCCCAUGACGACCCAGAUAAAGUGAAGGACACGGAGAACUCGCACAACAAGAAGUUCGUGAGACACUUGCACCAACACGUCGAGAAACACUUGUUGAAGGAUCUGAAGCAGGCAUUGAACUUGCCAGACAUGAAGUUCCACGAGAAGAGUAAAGAUGAACAGUUCGACAAGAUUACAUGGCACUACGCUGAGGAGACGGAGUACCAUGAUAAGAAAUUCAAAGUUAUCGUCGAAGUCACCUGCCACCACGACGAUGCAUUGGUUAACGUCGACUACAGGACUGUUCCUUUGUAA